AUGGGUGAAGCCACUAGAGAAUUCCCAAAGUUGACUAAUGACUUGAUAUUACGUGCCGCUAAAGGUGAGAAGGUCGAGAGACCACCUAUGUGGAUCAUGAGACAAGCUGGAAGAUACUUGCCAGAAUAUCAUGAAGCCAAAGCUGGUAGAGAUUUUUUUGAAACUUGCCAUGAUGCCGAAGUCGCUUCCGAAAUCACCAUUCAGCCUAUCAACCACUUUAAUGGGUUGAUUGAUGCUGCCAUUAUCUUCAGUGAUAUCUUGGUGGUCCCACAAGCCAUGGGUAUGGAGGUCAAGAUGGUGGAAGGUAAAGGUCCAACUUUCACAGAUCCUCUCCGUAAACCAGAAGAUCUCCACAAGUUGAAUAUGACCCCUGAUGUCACCAAAGAGUUAGCAUGGGCAUUCAAAUCGAUCAACUUGACAAGACACAAACUUAAUGGGAGAGUCCCAUUGUUUGGGUUUGCUGGUGGUCCAUUCACUUUGCUCUGCUACAUGGUCGAAGGUGGUGGUUCCAAGAUCUUUAGAUUUGUGAAAGAAUGGCUUUUCAAAUACGAGUCUUCCUCUCUUGAGUUACUUGAGGCUCUCACCAAGGUUAUUGCUGAAUUCUUGGCUCAACAAGUUGUUGCUGGGGCCCAAAUCUUGCAAGUGUUUGAAAGUUGGGCCGGUGAAUUAUCGCCAACUGAAUUCAAAAAAUUCCUUUUACCAUUUGUUAUUAAGGUGCGUGAAUUGACCCAAGCAAGACUCUUGGAACUUGGGAUCACCGAGAAAAUCCCAAUGGUCAUCUUUGCCAAAGGAGCUUGGUAUGCUCUCGACUGGCUUUGUGACAGCGGUUAUGAUGUGGUAUCCUUAGAUUGGCUAUACGAUCCAAAAGAAGCCGUGAAGGUCAACCGUGGCAGAGUGACUUUGCAAGGUAACUUUGAUCCAGGUGUGAUUUAUGGUACUAGAGAAAAAAUCACUGAAAAAGUUGAAGAAAUGAUUGAUGGUUUUGGCGGUGGUAAGCAAAAUUACAUUAUCAAUUUUGGUCAUGGGACUCAUCCAUUCAUGGACCCUAAAAAUAUUGACUGGUUUUUGAAAGAGGCUCACCGUGUCGGCAGCAAAUAA